AUGGGAAUGAUGCUAGUGAGACCCUGCCCUGUCUUCAAAGACGAGGAAACAGAAGCUGAAAUACCCCUGAUGAUAAGAGAGAAAUAUGGAUCGGUUCCUCGAGUUUAUGUUAUCUGUGAAGAUGAUGAGAUUAUCAAGCCAGAUUUGCAGACGUGGAUGAUUGAAAACAAUCCUACUGAUGUAGUCAAAUCCAUAUCUGGUGCUGAUCAUAUGACUAUGUUCUCAAAGCCACAUGAGCUCUGCACUUACCCUUUUGGAGCUUGCCAGCAAGUAUAUGUAUUUGAUGAAUGA